GUACAGCCUCUACUCUCAGGCAUCGUCCGCUAGCGUUACUACUAAGGAAAGAAUUCAAACACAGUGAGGCAUCACACGGCACGGUAUCACGGCAAGACGGCUUACAGCAUCUUUGACAGGAUACGGUGAUCCCCAAGGGCCCAGGUAGAAUAGAAACUGGAUAGGAGGAAUCGUGUCAUCGGCGACGACCCACUGGGUUGACCAUUUUGACCAUUGACAACAACAACAGCAGGGGCAGCAUUGCCAAAAGCAACACCCAUCUUGGAUCGCAUCCUUUCCGGCGCAGCAGUCUCAUGAGCGGGUAUCAAAUUGGCACCCCCUUCUACGCCCACGCGGAGUACGGGGGUUUCGCGAGCGGAAGCAACUYUGUGGAUGGCGGCAGCAACAACAACCACAACAACGGGAUCGGAAUCCAGCCCGGCCCCAAUGCCGCGAUGAACGCUCCAAACGGCACCGGGGGGAUGGCCAGCGCCGCUCCCAGCAUUGUUGGUGUCAAUUCAAUACAGGACGCGAUGCAGGCAGCAUCGAUGCAACAGCAACAACAACAACAGCAACCGCUACCACAGCAACAACCGCAGUCCCUCCUCUACGACAUGUCGUCUUUUGACCCGCUGCAAGCCCAGGCCCUGCAGCUGUCGGCUUCCGCGGGACUAACUCCCGCCGAUCUGCUGGCAGCCGCCGCGGCUCCCACCCUUGCUUCCGGCCUGAACGGAGGGGUUGGAGGCGUUGGGGGUCCCGUUGGGGGUCCCGUUGGGAGUGCCGUUCCCGUCUCCGCUCCCCAGCCAGUAGUGUCGGUCCCGUCCUACACCCAGCCACCCACCGCGGGGGCGUCCGUGUCGAUAGCACGGGCCACGGAAACCAGCCAGGGUCAGCUCCAGCCGAUACAGCCGGUGCCCACACCGGCACCCCUUCCCCACGCUCCCGCCCCACAGCAACAGGCACACACACAGGCACACACACAAGAACAAGGAACAGCGCAAGCCCUUGCGCAGUCUAUUCCGCACACCCAGAACCACACACACACCACACAUGCGAACCCUCAUGCCCAAGCCACGGCUGCCCCCGCCACUGCGGCGCCAAACCCAUACAUUUUUAUACAACCCCAGCAAAUCGCUCCCGGUGCGGCGCUSUCCACCACGGCCUUUCCGACCGCCCCUUCUCCUGCCGCUUCGAACGCCCUCCUGCUGCCCGCGGCUUCCACAACUGCAGCGGGGGUCCCCGCUGCCGCGUCCCUCGCGGCAUCGAACCAGGCGACAGCACAGGCCCAGGCGGCGGCAGUGGCCGCGGCGGCGGCAGGAUUCGGAACACACCCGCUCCUGUUCAAUCCCGUCUUUUUCUCCGCCGCGGCAGCCCAGGGAGUCCAGGGCCUCGCGGCCACUACGGCGCAGGGACAUGUGCUCCAGCAGCAGCAACACCACUCCCAGGUUCCCGUGGCUGCGGCACCCAAGCCGCAGGCACAACAGGCAGCUGCGCUCCCAGCAAACCCGCUGAGCCCACCCCUCAUUCUCCCCGCGGGAAUCAACCCCCUUCCGGCCGCGCCCGGGCAGCACUCCAAGAAACGCCCCCUCGGGAUGAGCAUGCCAGUCAACAUGGGAAUGAACAUGGGCAUUGGAAUGAACGUGGGCAUGAACAUGAACAUGAACGGGAUGGCCACGACCAGCGGUGGGCUGAUGAACGAAAUCUCCUCGUCGGUGGUGUCGUCCAGCACCGUUCCCCCCACUUCGGCAAAAGAAGGCAGCAACAAACGACAGCGCCAAACGAAAAAGACGACCGGCCAAGAAGGAAUCCCCGGGCCGGAGGAUCCCGCCGAGAAACGAAGGUACGAGCGGAACCUAAGAGAACAGCAACGGUCUUCAAAAAUCAGCAGCCAAAUAAAGGAAUUGCGGGAGGUCUUGGCGGAUUGUAACGUCCCCUUCAAACCCAACAAAUACUCGAUACUGCUUAAGGUUGUUGAAUACAUUAAACAACUUCAAUCGAGGGCCAUCAUGCUGGAUGCAGAACACCAAAAGCUGAUCACCACCGUUCGCCAAACAAACGAAAUGAUCGCUAGCGCCGCGAAUAACAACAGCAACAACAACGCCAUGUCGUCCACCACGGGUGGUGUUACCGACAACGAAUCGUCGGAUGCCACUUGCCACGACGCCUGGCAACACGGGAGAGAGUCCAACCAYGGUCGAAUGCGCGGCGGCGACUCCGAACUUUGCUUCGUAAAGGGCAUCGACUACCGGAGCAUAUUCGAGCAGUGCCCAACUGCCUUUGGAAUUGCUGCACUCGACGGGAGAAUCCUUGAAUGCAACGUGGAAUUCCAGAACUUGCUGGGGUACAACACCCGGGAGGACCUCCUGAAGCAAUCCCUUUUCAACCUGGUCCACAAUCAUCAAGAUAUUUUUCGAGCCAUGGCGCAGAUGCUCAAAACCGCGGAGGAACCGACGGUACCACAGACCCAACAGCAACAGCAGCAGCAACAAUCACAGCAAUCGCCUACCCAAGCGCAACACAACAACAACAAUAGCAACGGUGCCAAUCCUUCCACCGUCGGUGCUCCUACCCCUGCCGGCACGGCCCCGGUCAACGAUGGUUCCACCGCCCGCGUUGCCGAUCAAAACAAUAACAGCAGUAGCAAGUCGAUGGAUAUAUUUUGGACGGGGCCCGUGACAUCGAAGCAAAACGUCAAGGUAAGAUCUUGCACAUUUUUCUGUGUUUUAUUUUGUGUGUUUUCUUUGCUGUACUGUAGUUUAUACCGCGGCGCGGUGUUGCCUUCUAGAUUGUGAUAUGGAAAACCAAUGUCUCACGCGCUUCGUUUUUGGGUUCUUACCUCGUCACCCCCGAAACCAUGCAAAUUCAUCCUUUCCACCGUUAGCUGUCGAUGAACAUAACGCUUACGGCCGGAGACAACGGGACUCCAAAGUUUUUUAGCUGUGCCUUGACACACUCCGCCUAUUGAUGCAGCGAUGCACUUUCAAAACCAACGCACGCUAUGCUUUCAAACCAACAGCUUUCGAAGAAGGGAACAACCAACAGAUAUUUGAAUCUACUACGCGUGAAAACAAACGAUGAACAUACGA